AUGGAGAUCAUCAAGAGCUUCCUUUGUUUCAUCUCUUUCACGGUCCUUCUUCUCUUCACUUCCAUGGCAGAAGCUAACAAAGCACACCACCACGAGUUCAUCAUACAAGCAACGAAGGUGAAGAGACUAUGUGAAACACAUAAUAGUAUUACGGUCAAUGGUAUGUUUCCCGGUCCAACACUUGUAGUUAACAACGGUGAUACUCUCGUUGUCAAAGUUAUUAACCGGGCCCGGUACAACAUCACAAUCCACUGGCAUGGUGUGAGGCAAAUGAGAACCGGUUGGGCUGAUGGACCGGAAUUUGUGACUCAAUGUCCAAUCAGACCGGGAUCAAGUUACACGUACCGGUUUACAAUUCAAGGACAAGAAGGAACACUUUGGUGGCAUGCUCAUAGUUCGUGGCUUAGAGCCACUGUCUACGGUUCACUUCUUGUCCUUCCUCGGGCUGGUUCGUCUUACCCAUUCCCAAACCCGCACCGCAACGUCCCACUUCUUCUCGGUGAAUGGUGGGAUGCAAAUCCGGUUGAUGUAUUGAGAGAAUCUAUACGAACCGGAGGAGCUCCAAAUAUCUCCGAUGCUUACACCAUCAAUGGUCAACCUGGCGAUCUAUAUAAAUGUUCUUCUAAAGAUACGACAAUAGUACCAAUAAAUGUUGGUGAGACUAUACUACUACGAGUAAUAAACUCCGCAAUGAAUCAACCACUAUUCUUCACGGUGGCUAACCACAAGCUCACGGUGGUCGGAGCUGACGCGUCAUACCUAAAACCGUUCACCACAAACGUCGUGGUUCUCGGCCCCGGCCAAACCACCGACGUUCUCAUAACCGGUGACCAACCACCAAACCGUUAUUACAUGGCCGCAAGAGCUUACCAAAGCGCUCAAAACGCACCGUUUGGUAACACAACCACAACCGCGAUCCUCCAAUACAAAUCCGCCCCUUGUUGCGGCGGAGGCGGUGGAACUAAUAAGGGUAUUUCCGUCAAACCAAUCAUGCCUCUCCUUCCUGCCUACAACGACACAAACACAGUCACACGUUUUAGCCAAAGCUUCCGAUCACUAAAACGAGCCGAGGUUCCGACAGAAAUCGAUGAGAAUCUCUUUGUAACCAUAGGACUUGGUCUCAAUAACUGUCCUAAGAAUUUCAGAUCAAGAAGAUGUCAAGGUCCUAAUGGUACACGUUUCACUUCAUCGAUGAACAAUGUUUCGUUUGCUCUCCCAAGUAAUUACUCUCUUCUUCAAGCUCACCACCAUAAUAUCCCCGGAGUUUUCACGACCGAUUUUCCGGCGAAACCUCCGGUGAAAUUUGAUUACACGAGUAGCAACAUAAGCCGGUCUCUUUACCAACCUUCGAGAGGAACUAAGCUAUACAAGCUCAAGUAUGGAUCAAGGGUUCAGAUUGUUCUUCAGGAUACCGGUAUUGUAACUCCGGAAAAUCAUCCCAUUCAUCUGCAUGGUUAUGAUUUCUACAUUAUCGCCGAGGGUUUUGGUAACUUCAACCCCAAGAAAGAUACCGCGAAAUUUAAUCUUGAAGAUCCGCCUCUUAGAAACACCGUUGGUGUACCUGUUAAUGGUUGGGCCGUUAUCAGAUUCGUCGCAGACAACCCAGGGGUUUGGAUCAUGCAUUGUCAUCUAGAUGUACACAUAUCUUGGGGACUAGCCAUGGCUUUCUUGGUUGAGAACGGCAAUGGACUAUUAGAGAAAAUGGAGGAGCCUCCGGCUGAUUUGCCCGUGUGUUGGGAGUUAUAA